UCAGGAGUGGCAGUUCGGCGCGGCCCUCCGUCAUUCCUUCCGCAGACUUCGCCGGAGAAGCUUCGCAGCCGCUUCCUUCCCGGAGUCAGAGCCUGCCUUCAGCCACGAUCAUGUCUUACGGUCCGCUGGAGGCCUACAGGCCGGAGGGCCUUUCUCCCCGGGACUUCGGCUCCAUUAUCCAGACCUGCAGCGCCAACGUCCAGCGCCUGGCACAAUGCACUUCUCAGAUAAAGAACUUGAUGAGUCAGCUGGGAACCAAACAGGACUCCAGCAAACUGCAGGAAGACCUGCAACAGUUGCAGCACACAGCAAACCGGCUUGCCAAAGAGACCAACGAAUAUCUGAAGGAAUUAGGCUCCCUGCCACUCCCCUUAUCUACAUCGGAACAGCGUCAGCAGAAGCUUCAGAAAGAACGCUUAAUGAAUGACUUUUCUACAGCCCUAAAUAACUUCCAAGCAGUGCAGAGAAGAGUGUCAGAAAAAGAGAAGGAAACUAUUGCCCGAGCAAGAGCUGGAUCCCGAUUCUCUGCAGAUGAGAGGAGCAGGGAAGAGCAGUUGGUGUCAUUUAACAGCAAUGAAGAAUGGAACCAGAUGCAGUCUCAAGAAGAAGAUGUGGCAAUAACAGAACAAGACCUUGAACUAAUUAAAGAGAGAGAAACUGCCAUUAGGCAAUUAGAGGCAGAUAUCCUGGAUGUGAAUCAGAUAUUUAAAGAUUUGGCUCUGAUGAUCCAUGAUCAAGGAGACAUUAUUGAUAGCAUAGAAGCAAAUGUGGAAAAUGCAGAAGUCCAUGUUGAAAAUGCCAGUGAACAGUUACAAAGAGCUUCUUAUUAUCAGAAAAAAUCUCGUAAGAAGAUCUGCAUCCUGGUUCUUGGUCUGGCUGUGGUUGUUAUAAUCUUGGGAUUUAUCAUCCGGUACACAGUAACAUGAAAUGCUUUCAUGGAAUUGAAUCAGUUGCAGAGUUACUGUCCCUUUUUCCGCAUCAGGGAAAAAUGUGUAGAUGAGCCUGUGGAAUGAAUUGAUUCUGAUGAGACAGAACACAAAUCUGAUUUUCCUCUAGUAAUUAUAAUAUAUAGAAACUAAUAUGAAGAUAACUAGUCCGUAGACUUAGUAAAUCACAAAGACAGUAUUUAUCUGUUAAUGUAAAGUUAUUUUAUGUAACUGAACUUCAUCUUGUGUGUGGGGGGGUAAUAUACUAUUGAAUGUACAAGUGUUAAUGAGUGUGGUAACCUAGAUUAUUUUGUUAACUGACAUAUGCACUACAGAUGUGACAUUUUUAAUAUAUACUGCUUUUGAUACAUGACUUGCAUAGGAAUAACUUCCACGAAGGGCAAAAUCUCAUCAGUUGAACAAUUCUCAGUCUCUCACAAAUCUCUUACUAUGACCCAAAGAGCUGCUUAGGUGUGUGCUCUUGAGCAGUGGGAUGCCACAUUUCUUUCAAAUAGCAGUUCCUGGUCUAUAUCAUACAGUGCAGGCAUGGGGCACAUUGGGCUCAGAGGAAGUCUAACCUCUCAUAGCACACAGAGAUAACUAGAAGUUUUCUAUAUUCGGGGUUUUCACUUUUAACUUGGCAAAAGAGAACUUUGUCACCUCCAUUUUUAAAAUGGCAUACAUAGUGAAAAAUGUUGAGGCGAUCUGGGUUUGAAAUCAAGAACGUAUUUAGUGAUGACUAGUCUAGCCUGCAGAUAUUUGCACCUAGUGUCUUCUAACAGGGCAUCUCUUAUUGCAUUUUUGUGACGGCAGUGAAUCAUUUAGUAAUGUUUCCCAACUUCUUGCUACCUAAUGAACCUGUAAUUGGUGGUGAGUUGCUCUUUUUCCCAGCUGUGAACACUAUGAAACAGGUAAAAACCAAGGUGGCAUUCAAAAGGGUUAGUAAUGAAGGCAGGUACUUUUGUCCUUCCAACAGAAGAUACUUGAUCUUUGUAGCACUCCAUUUCUUCAUCUCUUGCAUGAUAGGAGGAAGCGGCUUAUUACAGUUUAAUUUCAGAUGAGGAACCUUGGUUUCCUAGUGUGUCUAAUCUGGGUCUUUGCUGUGCUCUGAAUCACUUUUCUUCCUAAUCUGUGAGAAAUGGCCAAAUUCAAGUACAGUGGGGAACCAUGAGAAUGUGCUGCAGCAUGGUCUGAGCAUGUAUGCACUCCAUUUCUUCAUCUCUUGCAUGAUAGGAGGAAGCGGCUUAUUGCAGUUUAAUUUCCAGUUUCUAACUAAUUCUUUAUGUUUUAAUAUAACUGAAAGUGGCUCCUUUUCCUAACAGUAAAAGGAAGGUUUACAUUUCUCCUUUGUACAUAAAGGGAUGGGGCGCAGGGGUGAGCAUAUAAACCCAUGCAAAUGCUCAGAUGAGAAACCUUGGUUUCCUAGUGUGUCUAAUCUGGGUCUUUGCUGCGCUCUGAAUUGAUAGUAGCAUAAUUACUGGAAAAGCUCUUGGGUUGAUCCCACUCUUCAGAGAUAACUGUCUAAAAACACUGAAAAGUUUACUUGGUAAAAUUAUAACUUUCUGUAUAUAGGAAAUAGCUACAUCUUUCUACUGACACUGUAUUUUUUAGUUUAUUUAUGGUUUUAAAAAUACUAAACUGUGAAAGCUGGCAUAGGAAGUGGAAUAAUGCCCUCGGUUGCACACCUUUCUUUGCACUAUCAUUCCGUCAUUCCAUCUAUUUAAUGAUCAAUAAACAUUUUAAAAAGUA